AUGGUAUGUUAUAAACUUGGUGGAAAGUAUGAAUGUUCUACGUUAAACCUCAAUAAUAUUGGAACAUUACUACAUCAGCUCUUGAAGGAGAACUUUAUAUCAGAGAUAGAAGCAAAUGCUGCAGGUAUUGUUGAAAUGCACUAUGACUUCUUCUUGACAAACAUAAAGAAUCUUACUGAAAUAAAGAUGUAUGAUUUAACAGAAUAUGAAGGCUUAACGAUGUCAGAUGUAAAGAAAGGCAAACCAAAAAAGAGACCAUAUAGAGAUGAAAGCACACUGACAAAUGACCAGAAAGCCAUUUUGGAAGCUCUUAAGCAAACAGGAAACCCAGCACUUAUAGAAAGCUUUUGGAAAGAUAAUGGUGAAAAGAAGUUUUAUAAGAAGAGAAGCGGUCAGUUCUGGAAGUAUCUUUGCACAUUACCUAUAAAUCUUGAACGCUACCAAAUCUUCAAUGAACUGAACAAAAGAACUGCAACACUUAUGACAGAAGAUAACUGCUUCGUUUAUGCUUGCAUUCAGGCUGGAGUAAAUGAAGAAACUAUUGACCAUAUGAGAGAAGUCAUUCGUGUUAGAGACUUUCCUCAAAGUAAAGUACAAGAAAUUUCUGACGCAACUGGUAUAGCAUUUAAUGUUACCAUUGGUUAUUUCAAUGACUCAAGACAUAAUGAAAUAAAGAGAUAUAUACCAAAAGAAUGUGAAACUGUUAGAACUAUUGACUUACUUCUUGUUGAAGACAACUACAUGUUAAACGAAAGAUUACCUAUGACAACAUAUUUCGUCAGAAAUUACAAAGAAAUUCUCAAAGCUUGUGGUGGAAUGAACAUUGAGAAACUGAUGAAGAUUUAUACAAAGAGAGAAGAUAAAUAUGUAGUUCGCAUGGAUAGAACUACACCGCUAUGGGAUGUUAUGAAAACAUUGUGGGAGUGCAAAUAUUUCGAACCUAUUUCUUAUGGAGAACUUUUCACAUAUACGACUGACUUAUAUAAACAGAACCUUGCACCAUUUAAAGAUUUGACAUAUGCUCCAAAGUAUUGUGUACAACUGAAGAAGAAAGCAGAGUCAAAAGAAGUAAAUAAAGCUAAAUGUAAGUUCAUUCCUGAGCACGUUUUCUUUGCUGACUUUGAAUGUAGCACUGAUGGAGUUCAUAAAGCUUUUAACAUAUGUUACGACGGUGAAGAUGGUUCAGUGAGUGAAAGCAUAUGGGGUCAAAACUGUGCAACAGAAUUUUUGGAGCGACUUCCUGACAAGAGUUUAAUAUAUUUCCAUAACCUCAGCUAUGAUAUAAACUUCAUCUUAAGACACAUGACAGAAGUGAAAGGAACUCCCAUCAUUAAAGGUUCACGAACAAUGCAAAUAACUGGUUUAUAUAAAGGACGGGCAAUUAUUAUAAAAGACUCUUACAGUGUUAUAAAUAAGAAGCUUAAACUAUUUCCUGCUAUGUUUAACUUACAAACAGGACCGAAAGAAGUAUUUCCAUAUAACUACUACAGCAGUACUUUGUUAGCAAAUGACAACAGAACUGGUGUCAUUUCUGAAGCAUGUAAGUUUAUCCAGGAUGCAGAUACAUUUAUGAAAAACAUAGAUUCCAUCAAAG